AUGGCCACGGCUCGUCGGCGGCUGGCUCGCUCAGCAGGUGAGGCUACCCGGGCGGCGCCGGCGCCACCAAUAAGGCGAGCUCAAACCGAGCCGGCACCUCGGACUGUGCAGCUGCUGCGCAUCAGCACGAGCUGCGAGCCAAUGAGCAGAGCGGAGGCGGCGCACUCAAAGCUCACGUUGCUGCCACGGGUCAGCGUAAGCAUCGAGGGCGGGAGGGACAGUAUACGCGCGGGGGCGCCGUCUCCGCGGCGUUCCUUGACCAUUGCCGUCAAGCGGCACCGGCACCACGAGGGUGUCAUCGCCACCACGACAGUAUCGAUCGACCUGCGGCGACUCAUGUUGUGGGCAGUCGCGCUCUCGCUCAUCGCCUCAUCCGCCGCGUACACGACGGCCGUGGUCACAGAUCCGGAGGCGGCAAACGGCCGAUCCGACGCGCGAGAGCUGCGAGAGCUGCGUGGGCUGGACGAGGCUGGCGAGUGGCGCCGGAGGCAUGGUGGAGCCCAUUCAGGCGGGCGCGGCAAGUCAAGCUCGAGCGGCUGGUGGUGGAGGCGCGCAACUGAGAGCGCGCCGACCUCAGACGGUGCCCUUAAUGCGAACGGCCGCGCAUGCGACGCGUCGCAGCCCGCGGUCGGCCACUGGGUGCCGCUGCCGGAGCCGCCCUACGCGCUCCCGACGUCGGCCUUCCAACGGCUCAAGGGGAAGGCGAUACCCGACGAGAAGCUGGCCGGCUCCAUGGCCGGCCCCACCUGCAGCCUGGCCAAGCCGUCGCGCCCGCACUUUGAGUGGGAGGCGGAGGGGUGCGAGCUUGCGCCGUUCGAGCGCGAGACGGCUUGCGCGCUGCUGCGCUCGCGCGGCAUCCGGCAGGUGUUGAUCGUUGGCGACUCGCUCUCGGCGCAGUUCUUCGUCUCCUUCACGAUGCUGCUCGAGGGCGAGGAGGGCUUUGGGCCGCCCCGGCCCGCAGAGCACAAGAAGCUCCGCGGCAAUAUGCUCUUCGACGCGGCUGCGUCUGUCUGCGACGACGAGGUGCGGGUCUCGCUGCAGCGCAACGACCUGCUCGCGCUGAGCUGUUCCGGCCUUGAAACGGGGAUCUUCAAGGCCUGCGACGGUUCCAUCCUUACCGCCCCCUGGGGUACGCGCGCCGUGCACGAUGCGGACCUGGUGAUCCUUGGCAGCGGCAUGCACUACCCCUCGCUGCCGCUCAAGAUCAAGAACCAGAGCGCGCCCGGUCUCGCCUCGGAGUUUUUUGCGCGCAAUCUGAACCAUACCCUCACCACCCUCAUCGCGCACCGCGCCGUCGCAGAGCUGCGAAACGGCAGCUCACACCCCUCCUCGAUCGUCGUCGUCGGGCCGCCCGUGCCCGUCCCGGCGUGCAACACCUUCGCGUCGCCCGUGCACCCGGCGGAGGCGCUGCUCGCCUCGAGCGAGAGCGCGUCCAAGUUCGCCGCAUCGUGGCGUGACGUCCAUCGCCUCAACGCGGCGGCGCGCUGGCUAGCGCUGCGCCAUGGCGCCACCUUCCUCGACGUCUCGACCUUCACGCAAACGCGGCCAGACGCCGCGGUCGGCUCGUACGGUCGCGGCUCGGCCAAGGUGGUCGAUUGCGUGCACUCGUGCCAGCCAGGGCCGCUCGACACGUGGGUGCGUCUUCUCGUGCACGCCCUGCGCGAGCGCCCUGACACAGCCAGCCCCGCCCAGCCGGAGGCGAGAUGGUUUCUCGUCCCGCGCUCCGAGUGGCUCGAGAAGGGCGGCUGCGCCUUUGAGCAAAACUACCCGGGCUGCCACAACACCCACAGGCUCCCAGGACCGGCCCCCUACUACUGCAUUAGCGCGGCGCCGUGGUUCCCAUUUGGGCGCUGCGCGCAGGGCGGUGCCGCCGCUGUGACCAUAGUAGCGAAACAAUGCGAAAAGCGGGGAGGCUGGUUUUGA